CUGAAUUCGACGACAAUAAUGCCGACUUGGGUCAAGCAAAUGGCAACGGAGGAAUGGACAAGUUCCGUUCGCAAGGCCAUCAAGGUGCGCCGUCCUCCUGGUGUUGCGCAUGUCCUGCCAAGUUCCAAUUAUGGCAUCGAGGUGACGACCCAAGGUACCACACACCCUGUCACGGCGAUCGAGUUUGGCUACAUCGACUCGAAGGACAGCUCCAUCAACCACAAGAAGAAGAAUGGAGCAUGUGUCCGAGGCCGCGACGCGACGGAGACAGUAUCUGUGUCCAACCAAUCCAUGUCGUCCACGAUCUCUUCCGUAUUUUGUCUGGAUGCGUCGCAUCCGUUUACAUUUACGAUCGACCGGCCCACGACCAAUGACCCCCAAGCGAUGAUCCAAGUUCGCGUGGGGUUAUCCACGGAGCUGUUGGCGUCACUUCCCAUGGGCGUGCUCGAAACUUGGAUGAUCGUCCUGUGCGAGACGCCGCCCAGUCUGGAGAAAAUGAGCGUGUUUGACUUUUCAACCCACACAUUCUGCAUCGGCGUUCGCCUUCGCCUAGCCCAUGUCCAUGCCCGAGAUGUCCGCGCCAUGACGGUCCACGCGCCGUCGUUCGUGCCGCACUCCCUCCGAUCCAUUUUCAACCUGCCGUUGCCAACAUGGACGCUUCCGCGCAAGCUCCUGCCGCUGCAUGCGUCCUUGACGACGCUGGUGGAGGACACGGUUCCGCGCUACAUGCCUCGGCCGACACCGCCGCGGUCGCCGCGCGCGUUUUUUCUCAUGCAGCAACGUCUCAACGACAUUCAAAGCUACGUGCCGUUCUUCACAUUGUUGCUGGAAAUGGAAGAAGUGCGCAUGACCAAGGACAUGCACUCUUAUGACCAAUACAGCGUGCGAUUCCGUGUCCACCACGACCACAGCAGCGGCAGAUCGCCCCCCCAUGCACUCCUCGAGUACAUGAAGGUAACGUUGGACGUUCCAGGGGCCAUCGAAGGCCGCCCGGUGCUGCUCCAAGGCGGCAGCGUCCGCUUGCGCGCGUCCGGAGGUUUGCUUUCCCAAGUGGAAAUCCACGGCGUAGUUCUGGAAGUGAAAGGCACGGUCGUGACGCUCUUGGUCCCUUGCACCGUGCAUUCCGCCGACGUGGCGUCCGUGCUGCCGCCUCAUCUGUUCAAUCCAUUUGUCGCGCAACAACUGUACGCGUCGGAAUCGUUUCAUGUUCGAUUCACGUUCCCCCGGUAUGGCUUGCGACUGGCAUACGAUGCGCUGGCCAACUUGACAUCGUCGACCAUGGCGAUUCUACAUCCGGACGCGUUCCCAGCCACGAAUCUGUUUCGACCACGUGUUCGACUGCACGAUAUGAUGCCGUUCAACGACCAAGUGAACGACCGGCAAUUGCAAGCGGUGUGGCACAUUGUGAACAAAUCGAGUGGACUGGCGCCGUACAUCAUCUUUGGGCCUCCUGGCACGGGCAAGACGAUCACUGUGAUCGAGUCCAUCCUGCAAGUGCUCAAGCACAACCCGAACGCGCGGGUGCUGGCGGUGGCGCCGUCCGACGCGGCCGCCGACAUCCUCGGCAUGCGGCUGCGCGCGUUCUUGAACAAGGCGUCGCUCUUUCGCUUCAACUGGCCCCAUCGCAAGAUUGCGUCGGUGCCAGGGCCGCUGCUCGGGUUUUGCCACGUCGAAAAGGGCAAGGAUGUGUUUUCGCUACCAGAUCUAGCCCGGUUGCUGGACUUCCGCGUGGUCGUGACGACCACAUCGCUGUCGGGCGUGCUCAAAUUUGCCCAAGUCCCCGUCGGCCACUUUUCCCACUGCAUUGUCGACGAAGCGUGCCAGGCCACCGAGCCAGAGACGCUGGUCGCGUUGACCUUGUGCGACCGCAACACCCAUGUGACGUUGGCAGGCGACCCGAUGCAGUUGGGGCCUUCGUGCCGUGCAAAGUCGUCGUGUCAAUUCCGCUUGGUGGAAUCGUUCCAGGAGCGGCUAAUGCGCAUGCCCAUGUACGACUGCGCGACAGCGGACAACGCCAUGCGUAUUGUUAAGCUCGUCAACAACUAUCGAUCCCAUUCGGCGUUGAUUGCGCUGUCGUCGACGUUGUUUUACCACAACGAACUGCUGCCGUGCGCCGAUCCCCGCUUGGUCGACUCGAUGUGCCAGUACGCAACAUGAGCACCGUGUCACACACACACAACAUGAUGGGGAUGUCGUGUAGAUGGGAAGGCCUGCAAGGCCGCCACCAGUUCCCGAUGAUGUUUUACGCAGUCAACGGAGUCCAGCACCAAAGCAUCGAGUCGUCUAGCUUUUGCAACCUCAUGGAAGCCAUCAAGGUGGCCGACGUGAUCGGGAAUCUAUUGCGUACGACCGGCGUGUCGACAAAAGACAUUGCCGUGAUCACGCCAUACCGCCAACAAGUGGUCAAGCUGCGCCAGCUGCUGCGCGCCCGAGGCCACGGCGCAGUGAACGUCGGUACAGUGCACAACUUUCAAGGCCAAGAAAGCAAGAUUUGCAUCUUGAGCACGGUCAUGACAAGCAUGGACACGAUCUCCUCCUGCGACUACGUCAAGGCGGAGCGGCCGAUUCCAGUGCUGUCCGACUACAAGAGCUUCAAUGUGGCGCUAACCCGAGCGCAGGCGCUGUGCAUUGUCGUGGGGCACCCCGCCGUGCUGUCCCGCCAUGCGUUGUGGCGCUACAUGAUGGGGUACUGCGUCCGACACGGCGGGUACCAAGGCACGGACGAAGCGGACGACGACGACGUGGAUGUGUUCAAUGUGACACCGCCGUCCGUCAAGUUUGGGGCCAUCAGCGACGAACCAUUGGACGACCCUGAAUGGCACUUAUUUAUGUAACUAUCGACAACCAACCAACCGCGCCAUCCCAGGGUCAACAAGCUCAAUUUCGGCACCACGAAAUUGAUAUUUAAUACAACUAAUAUAAAAAAGCACACACAAAGUCAAGCUGGUUCCAUCCCUCUUCGUUUUUCGUCUCGUGUCGUCGUUCUCCACUCUUAUGAGACAUUGUCUUUGGUGUCAAAGAUACGGCCUUGCUUGAUUUCGUGCGCGUGGAUGCCGUAGCACAGCCUUUUUUCGCAGUGCUUUCGGUUGAGCACACGCGGGGGGGCGUCGUGGCCGUCGUCCUUGACGGCCACAUGCACCUGCGCCGGGAACCGCGUGUCGAUCCACUGCAGCUCGACGAGGAUCUGGGGAGUGUCGGGGUAGUUGUCCCCGAGCGCGAGCUUGUGCACAGCGUUGCUGAGCACGUCGAGGUUUAGCAUUGUCUUCUUGAGCAGCAGCGGCACCCACAGUUUGUCCUUUUUGCCGCCGUCCAGGUAGGCUUUCAAGUCGAUUUCGGCUUCCCCAAUGCACUCGCCCAGGGACAACGUGUCGUGGUUGUACACACUCAGGAGGAGCUUGCCACCGGACGCCGCCAGAUCCUUCUCGGCCAUGCCGAAUACGAGCUGUUCGUUCCACAACGGGUUCAACGUGUGGCGCUUGAUGCUUGUCAUGUGCUUGAACGUGCCGCACGUGACGACGCAGUACGGAUCCAACACGUUUCGCAUCAUGUUGGACCGGAGGUUGCGGCCUUCAACGAUCGACAAGUGCAUCUCGUUGGGGCGGUGGACGAUUUCUUUGCCGAACCGGUUCACAGUGUCGAGGCCAACGAUAUGGCCUUCGAGCCACCGCCCUUUCUUGGCCGACGCCAGCAGCACCGGCAUGUGCAUCUCAAACACGCGGACGGGAAUUGGGGGCUUGAGCGCAUACUGUUCAUGCUGCAGCCACACUAGUAGUGCCACGACAUGUAUAAAUAUAUUAUCAAUCGACCCGUGGGAAUCG